CGGUCAGACCGAAAGGGCGAGGAAGAAAAGGGGAAAAAAUCUCGUAAUAUUUUCUCCUCGCUUACAAUUCGAUUGGAAUCUUAUUCAGCUUUCAGCAAGGAAAAGCUCUCUGUUUCAUCUCUUCGAUUACUACAACCAAGUUUCAUGUCUGAUCUUGACAUCCAGACUCCUACUGCUUAUGAUCCAUUCGCUGAGGCAAAUGCUGAGGACUCUAGCGCUGGUUCGAAGGAGUACGUGCAUGUGCGCACACAACAAAGGAAUGGUAGGAAGAGCUUGACCACUGUUCAAGGGUUGAAGAAAGAGUUUAGCUACAAUAAGAUCUUGAAGGAUCUCAAGAAGGAAUUCUGCUGCAAUGGUACGGUCGUCCAGGACCCAGAGCUUGGCCAGGUCAUUCAACUUCAAGGUGAUCAGCGCAAAAAUGUCUCCACUUUCCUUGUUCAGGCUGGGAUUGUGAAGAAGGAACACAUCAAAAUUCAUGGUUUUUAAGUCUUGAGCUUUCGAAUGUCAAGGAGAAAAAAAAAAAAAACAUACCUUGGAUGCACUCUUAUAUGUAAGGUUAGUUGGGCACCGUACAUUUGGUAAGUCCAUGUUUGUGAUGAUUUUAGAAGUAUAAUUUCUGGUGGAGGAUAUAUUGAGAGCCAUGCCAUGUUUGGGGGCCUUAAAUUUUAGUAAGCAUCUUUGCUACUGUCAAGAGUCAUAUUCUCUUGUUUUACUGUUGAAAACCAUUUUCUCUU